AUGAAUUCAAAGAAAGUAGAAAGUCGUGUCAGAGAACUACCGAAGCCGUGUUGUAUACCAAAGGCUAACAAAACAAAACAGUAUUUAAUUAAUAAAACAAUUAAUAACUCAAAAAUCAAAGCGGAGACCAAACCGAAAGUGAAUUAUCAUUCAGUUAUGUUAAACAACACACUCGUUGAGUAUGUCAUUGCAAGUGUUGACCAACAAUUAGAUGUCGAGGAAUCAGUUAAAGAUAUUUUAUUAGAAAUGUGUAAUGAGUUCGUUGAUAAUACUAUUAAACUGUCAGUUGGUUUGGCAAAGAACCGAAAGUCAAAGCAAAUUGAUGUCAAAGAUGUUGGACUGGCAUUAGAUAAACGAUAUAACAUGCAGUUCCCCGAGUUUGGCACCGGAAUCAACAAGAGGUCAAAUAAAACGAAUCUCAAGAAAUGUAAUGAAAAUAAUAAUAAUAAAAGUGAUGUCAAAAGUGUUAUAUUAUCAGAUAAAAGCAAUAGUAAUCAGUUACCUAAGUUUAGCACCGGUAUCGACAUGAAGCCCAACAAAAUGAAUCUCAAGAAUAGUAAUGAAAACAAUACUAAUAAUAGUGAUGUCAAAUGUGGAGGAAUGGCAUCAGAUAAACGACAUAAUAUGCAAUUCCCUAAUAAUACUAAAGAUGUCAAAAUUGUAGGAUCGGUAUCAAACAACUGUUUUAAAACACCGUUUCAUAAGUUUGGCACCGAUUUCAACAUUAAACACAAUAAAAUGAUUCAUACAAAAUGUAAUGAAAAUAAUAUUAAUAGUAAUAAUAAUAUUGUUGUCAAAAAUGAAAAUGUUGAAGAAAUGGAUGAGUUUUUAACAUUUUAG